AUCACCUCGGAGCGAGCGGCAGCGCCUUCCCAGCCGCCAUGGCCAGGCUCCUCGGCACCCGCUGCCUGCUGCUGCUGCUGCUCCUCGGCGUCUGCGCCCACCUGGCCUCCUCCAAGAAGGGCAAAGGCAAACCCAGCGGGGGCGGCUGGGGCACGGGGAGCCACCGCCAGCCCAGCUACCCCCGCCAGCCCGGCUACCCCCAAAACCCCGGCUACCCUCACAACCCGGGCUACCCCCACAACCCCGGCUACCCCCACAACCCCGGCUACCCCCACACCCCCGGCUACCCGGGCUGGGGCCAGGGCUACAACCCGUCCAGCGGGGGUAGCUACCACCAGAAGCCUUGGAAGGCGCCCAAGCCCAAGACCAACUUCAAGCACGUGGCGGGGGCGGCGGCGGCGGGCGCCGUGGUGGGGGGCUUGGGGGGCUACGCCAUGGGCCGGGUGAUGUCGGGGAUGCACUACCGCUUCGACAGCCCCGACGAGUACCGCUGGUGGAACGAGAACGCCGCGCGCUACCCCAACCAGGUCUACUACCGCGACUACCGCGACCAGCGCGGCCCGGUGCCGCAGGACGUCUUCGUGGCCGACUGCUUCAACAUCACCGUCACCGAGCACAACAUCGGCCCCGCCGCCCGCAGGAACGCCUCGGAGGCCGGCGCCGCCGCCAACCAGACGGAGGCAGAGCUGGAGACGCGCGUGGUGACCAAGGUGAUCCGCGAGAUGUGCAUCCAGCAGUACCAGGAGUACCGCCUGGCCUCGGGCAUCCGGCCUCGCCUGGCCGACGCCUCGCUGCCCGCCCUGCUGCUCCUCGUCCUCUUCGCCCUGCACUAGAGCUCCCCGCGGCUCCCCGAUGUCACCCGUCGUGACCCCGUUGUGGCUUGCGGUUGUUUUUACGGUGAGGAGCCCCCCGGCGCCUCCGCGGUUUAGGAGACGGGAUGAAAAUUUCACUUUUCUGCCCCAAACGCGUGCCCAGGACGGCGCUGGAGCCCAAAAGCGCGGCCUUCGCCUCAUCUUCCUCCUCCUCAUCCUCCUCCUCGGGGUCACCCCGAGAGGGGAGCUCUCCUCGGCACCCCAAGAGUUCUCUUGGUUAACAGGCGGGGUUUGGUCUCACCCCAGUCCUGCUGCCCCCGCACCCCCUUCCCCUGGGGCACCUCUGGGGGGGGUCUCAGGGGUUUCUGAGCGGCCACGGGGUUUCUUGCAAUUAGUUUCUUGUAAUUGUUGCAAUUAGAACCUUUUAAUUGUAAAAAAUAACCCUUCCCCGUGCAGGCCCUGCAGCACCACACCAAAAUAAGUCCAUUUUUCACCCCACACCACAGCAAGGCUCAAGCACCAGUCACGCUUUAGAGGCUUUUUCAGGCACUGCUGAAUGCCCCAAACACCCCCAAAACGGUGUUACAACCCCAAAAAAAGCUAUUCUGGAUGCUCCAGGUGACAAGUCACGUUCAUACUUCAACACCUGGACCUAAAGGACGUUAAAAUGCAGCAAAAAGGAUUCUCAGGGGGGGUCAAGCUCAUAGCAAGAGACUGGAAUCGGCCACACCACGCUGGUAGAGCAAACAGCAUCGGGAAAAACCCGCCUGGGAAGGGAGAUGCUUUAAAAAAAAUCACAUUUGUGAGUAAUUCCUUUGCCCUGUGGAAGCAACGGGUGAAAUUCUUGCUUCUUGUGUCGAUGCUGGGCUGGGGAGUAGCUGUAACAUCCGUGGCGCUGCGCUUGAGCUCGA